AUGCCGGAGACCGGGCAGGAGCCACCCAGCGCCCCUCCGCCGCCCCCCAAGGAGUCCUUCUACAUCAAGAACCUGCUCAACGGCGGCCCCCCCAAGGCGCCCCCCAAGCAGCCGCGGGCGCUGUUCGCCCCCUCGGGCAAGGCGGCGGUGGACGGCGCCGGCUUCGCCCUCUCGCAGGUGGGCGACCUCGCCUUUCCCCGCUUCGAGAUCCCGGCGCCGCGCUUCGCCCUGAGCGCCCACUGCCUGGAGCGCGCCCAGACCUGGUGGUACCCCUACGCCCUGACGCCGGCCGGAGCCCACCUGCCCCGCACGGAAGCCGCAGAGAAAUCCCUGCUGAGGGACUCGUCCCCCGCCUCGGGCACCGACCGGGACUCCCCGGAGCCGCUGCUGAAGGCGGAGGGGGAGCAGAAGGAGCUGGACUCCAAGAGCCCCGACGAGAUCGUCCUGGAGGAGAGCGACUCGGAGGAGGCGAAGAAGGAGGGAGGCGCGGAGGACUGGAAGAAGCGGGAGGAGAGCCCGGAGAAGAAGCCGUGCCGCAAGAAGAAGACGCGCACGGUGUUCAGCCGCUCGCAGGUCUUCCAGCUGGAGUCCACCUUCGACAUGAAGCGCUACCUGAGCAGCUCGGAGCGAGCCGGCCUGGCCGCCUCGCUGCACCUGACAGAGACCCAGGUGAAGAUUUGGUUCCAGAACCGCCGCAACAAGUGGAAGCGGCAGCUGGCGGCCGAGCUGGAGGCGGCCAACCUGAGCCACGCCGCCGCGCAGCGCAUCGUCCGCGUCCCCAUCCUCUACCACGAGAACUCGGGCGCGGAGGGGGGCGCGGGGGGCGGCGGAGCCCCCGGCACGCAGCCCCUGCUCACCUUCCCUCACCCCGUCUACUAUUCCCACCCCGUGGUCACCUCCGUGCCGCUCCUGCGGCCCGUCUGAGCCCGGCCGCCGCUGCGCGGAGGGGCGCGGAGAGGCGCGCAAGGCACCCGGCCGCUUGUAAGUACUGCAGCCCCCCGUGCGGGUCACCCGGCCGGCGUCUGCGGAGCGCGGGGG